GCAUGUCGCAGUCCGGCGAGGAUCUCCACUCGCCCACGUAUCUAUCCUGGAGGAAACUUCAGCUGAGUCGGGCCAAGCUCAAGGCUUCUAGUAAGAUAUCAGCCCUGCUCUCAGGAUUUGCCAUGGUAGCAAUGGUGGAAGUGCAACUGGAUUCCGACACAAGUGUACCACCGGGAUUGGUGAUAGCCUUCGCCAUCUGCACCACCCUCCUGGUGGCGGUGCACAUGCUGGCCCUGAUGAUCAGCACCUAUAACCUGCCAAACAUCAAGACGGAGUGUAACCUGCACAGUAUUUCCCUGGUCCAUGAAUCUCCGCACGAGCGUCUGCAUUGGUAUAUUGAAACAGCGUGGGCCUUCUCCACGCUACUGGGACUUAUACUCUUCCUGCUAGAGAUAGCCAUCUUGUGUUGGGACGAGUCGUACAACUUCAUCCUGGGCAGGAUCAGAGGAUCCGUGUGGUCACCGUUAAAACUGCCAGAGGAUUCUACAAGCGCCCCAUUACGAAUUUGUGCUUCCUUUGAACUGAACCGUCGUUCAGGGGGGGCGGUAUGUUGA